UUCAAGGCGCUUAGCUCCCGGAGGCCGCGGCCGUUUUUGGCCCCAGCACCGGCCUCCCGCCCUCGGGGAGCCGGGUUGGCGGCGUGAUGAGGCGCAGCAAGGCCGACGUGGAGCGGUACAUCGCUUCGGUGCAAGGUUCCGCCCCGUCGCCUCGAGAGAAGUCAAUGAAAGGAUUCUAUUUUGCAAAGCUAUACUAUGAAGCUAAAGAAUAUGAUCUUGCUAAAAAGUAUAUAUCUACAUAUAUUAAUGUGCAAGAGAGGGACCCGAAAGCUCACAGAUUUCUGGGUCUUCUUUACGAGGCAGAGGAAAACACAGACAAAGCUGUUGAAUGUUAUAAGCGUUCAGUGGAGUUAAACCCAACACAAAAAGAUCUUGUACUGAAGAUUGCAGAAUUGCUUUGUAAAAAUGAUGUGACUGAUGGAAGAGCAAAAUACUGGGUUGAGAGAGCAGCUAAAUUUUUCCCAGGAAGUCCUGCAGUUUAUAAGCUAAAGGAACAGCUUUUAGAUUGUACAGGUGAAGAUGGAUGGAAUAAACUUUUUGAUUUGAUUCAGUCUGAACUUUAUGCAAGACCCGAUGAUGUCCAUGUGAAUAUCCGGCUAGUGGAACUAUAUCGUUCAAAUAAGAGAUUGAAGGAUGCUGUAGCCCACUGCCAUGAGGCAGAGAAAAACAUAGCUUUGCGUUCCAGUUUAGAAUGGAAUUCAUGUGUUGUACACGCUCUUAAGGAAUAUCUGGAGUCUUUACAAUGUUUGGAGUCUGAUAAAAGUAACUGGCGAGCAACAAAUAAAGACUUACUUCUGGCCUAUGCUAACCUUACUCUUCUAACACUUUCCACAAGAGAUGUGCAGGAGAGUAGAGAAUUAUUAGAAAGUUUUGAUGGUGCUCUUCAGUCUGUGAAAGCUUCUGUGGGUGGGAAUGAUGAACUGUCAGCUACUUUCAUAGAAAUGAAAGGACAUUUCUACAUGCAUGCUGGUUCUUUACUUUUGAAGAUGGGUCAGCAUAGUGAUGUCCAGUGGCGAGCUCUCUGUGAGCUGGCUGCAUUGUGCUAUCUCAUAGCCUUUCAGGUUCCAAGACCAAAGGUUAAAUUAAUAAAAGGAGAAGCUGGACAAAAUCUACUGGAAAUGAUGGCCUAUGAUCGCCUGAGCCAAUCAGGGCACAUGUUACUAAACUUAAGUCGUGGCAAGCAAGAUUUUUUAAAGGAAGUUGUGGAAUCUUUUGCCAACAAAAGUGGCCAGUCUGCUCUGUAUGAUGCUUUGUUUUCUAGUCAGUCACUUAAGGAUAAUUCUUUCCUUGGUAGUGAUGAUAUUGGAAACAUUGAUGUACAAGCACCAGAGCCCGAUGACUUGGCUAGAUAUGAUAUUGGUGCCAUUAGAGCACAUAAUGGUAGUCUUCAGCACCUUACUUGGCUUGGCUUACAGUGGAAUUCACUGCCUACCUUACCUGCAAUUCGAAAAUGGCUAAAACAGCUUUUUCAUCAUUUGCCCCAGGAAACCUCAAGGCUUGAAACUAAUGCACCUGAAUCAAUAUGUAUUUUAGAUCUUGAAGUAUUUUUACUUGGAGUAAUAUACACUAGUCAUUUGCAGUUAAAGGAGAAGUGUAAUUCUCAUCAUAGCUCCUAUCAGCCACUGUGUUUGCCACUCCCAGUGUGCAAACAGCUUUGUACAGAACGACAGAAAUCCUGGUGGGAUGCAGUUUGUACUCUAAUUCACAGGAAAGCAAUACCCGGAACUUCAGCAAAAUUGCGACUUCUGGUUCAGCAUGAAAUAAAUACUCUAAGGGGACAGGAGAAACAUGGCCUUCAACCUGCUUUGCUUGUAUACUGGGCAAAAUGCCUUCAGAAAACGGGUAGCAGUCUUAAUUCUUUCUAUGAUCAACGGGAAUAUAUAGGCAGGAGUGUUCAUUAUUGGAAGAAAGUUUUACCAUUAUUAAAGAUAAUCAAAAAGAAGAACAGUAUUCCUGAACCUACUGAUCCUCUGUUUAAACAUUUCCAUUGUGCAGACAUUCAGGCAUCUGAAAUUGAUGAAUAUGAAGAAGAUGCACAUAUAACUUUCGCUAUACUGGAUGCGGUUAAUGGAAAUGUAGAGGAUGCUAUGACCACUUUUGAAUCUAUUAAAAAUGUUGUUUCUUACUGGAAUCUUGCACUGAUUUUUCACAGGAAAGCAGAAGACAUUGAAAAUGAUGCCCUUUCUCCCGAAGAACAAGAAGAGUGCAAAAAUUAUCUGAGAAAGACCAGAGACUACCUAAUAAAGAUUUUAGAUGAUAGUGAUUCAAAUCUUUCAGUAGUCCAGAAAUUGCCUGUGCCCUUGGAGUCUGUUAAAGAGAUGCUUAACUCGGUCAUGCAGGAACUUGAAGACUAUAGUGAAGGAGGUCCUCUUUAUAAAAAUGGUUGUUUACGAAAUACAGAUUUAGAAAUUAAACAUUCUACACCAUCUCCUACCAAGUAUUCUCUGUCACCAAGUAAAAGUUACAAAUAUUCUCCCAAAACACCACCCCGAUGGGCAGAAGAUCAAAAUUCUUUACUAAAAAUGAUUUGCCAACAAGUAGAAGCCAUUAAGAAAGAAAUGCAGGAAUUGAAACUAAAUAGCAGUAAUUCGGCAUCUCCUCAUCGUUGGCCCACAGAGAAUUAUGGACCAGAUUCAGUGCCUGAUGGAUAUCAAGGGUCUCAGUCUUUUCAUGGAGCUCCUCUAACAGUUGCAACUACUGGUCCUUCAGUAUACUAUAGCCAGUCACCAGCAUAUAAUUCCCAGUAUCUUCUCAGACCAGCAGCCAAUGUUACUCCUCCAAAGGGUCCAGUUUAUGGCAUGAAUAGGCUUCCACCCCAGCAACAUAUUUAUGCCUAUUCACAGCAAAUGCACACACCACCAGUGCAAAGCUCAUCAGCUUGUAUGUUCUCACAGGAGCUGUAUGGUCCUCCAUUGCGUUUUGAGUCUCCUGCAACAGGAAUUCUAUCACCCAGGGGUGAUGACUACUUCAAUUAUAAUGUUCAACAAACAAGCACAAACCCUCCAUUGCCAGAACCAGGAUAUUUCACUAAACCUCUAGUUGCAGCUCAUGCUACAAGAUCUGCAGAAUCCAAGGUUAUAGAAUUUGGAAAAACUAAUUUUGUUCAGCCCAUGCCGGGUGAAGGAUUAAGGCCAUCUUUGACAACAGCAACACAUACAACACAGCCAACUCCUUUUAAAUUUAACUCAAACUUCAAAUCAAAUGACGGUGACUUUACAUUUUCUUCACCACAGGUUGUAACACAUCCUCCUCCUCCUACUUACAGUAACAGUGAAAGCCUUUUAGGUCUCCUGACUUCAGAUAAACCUUUGCAAGGAGAUGGCUAUAGUGGACCAAAAGCAAUUCCUGGUCAAAGUAUUGGGCCUCGAAAUACAUUUAAUUUUGGAAGUAAAAAUGUAUCUGGAAUCUCAUUUACAGAAAACAUGGGGCCAAAUCAGCAGAAGAAUUCUGGUUUUCGUCGAAAUGAUGAAAUGUUUACUUUCCAUGGUCCAGGGAAAUCUAUAUUUGGAACACCUGCUCCAGAGUUGGCAAAUAAAAGUCAUGAAACAGAUGGAGGAAGUGCCCAUGGAGAUGAGGAUGAUGAUGGCCCUCACUUUGAGCCUGUGGUACCUCUUCCUGAUAAGAUUGAGGUGAAAACUGGUGAGGAAGAUGAAGAAGAAUUCUUUUGCAACCGUGCAAAGUUAUUUCGUUUUGAUGGAGAAUCCAAAGAAUGGAAGGAGCGUGGGAUAGGCAAUGUAAAAAUACUAAGGCAUAAAACAUCUGGUAAAAUUCGCCUUCUAAUGAGACGAGAGCAAGUAUUAAAAAUUUGUGCAAACCAUUAUAUCAGUCCUGAUAUGAAACUGACACCAAAUGCUGGAUCAGACAAGUCUUUUGUAUGGCAUGCCCUUGAUUAUGCAGAUGAGUUGCCAAAACCAGAACAGCUUGCAAUUAGAUUCAAAACUCCUGAGGAGGCAGCACUUUUUAAGUGCAAAUUUGAAGAGGCCCAGAGCAUUUUAAAAUCCUCUGGAACAAAUGUAGCCAUCCCAUCAAAUCAGACUGUCAGAAUUGCAAAAGAAUCUACAACUCAUGAUAAGGAUAUUUGUAAGUCUGAUGCUGGGAAUGUAAAUUUUGAAUUUCAAGUUGCAAAGAAAGAAGGGUCUUGGUGGCAUUGUAAUAGCUGCUCAUUAAGGAAUGCUGCAACUGCUAAGAAGUGUAUAUCCUGCCAAAAUAUAAACCCAAGCAGUAAAGAGCUCCUAGGCCAACCAUUGGUAGAAACUGGUUCUGCUUCUAAAACUGGCCCAGAAAAUGCUCAAGAUAGAUUUGCAUUAAUAACUGCAAAGAAAGAAGGUCACUGGGAUUGCAGUAUUUGUUUAGUAAGAAAUGAACCUGCUGUAUCUAAAUGCAUUGCAUGUCAAAACACAAAGUCUGCUAACAAAAGUGGAUCUUCAUUUGUUCAAGCUUCUUUUAAAUUUGGUCAGGGAGAUCUUUCUAAGUCUGGUAACAGUGAUAUCAGAUCUGUGUUUUCUACAAAGGAAGGGCACUGGGAUUGCAGAGAAUGCCUGGUACAAAAUGAAGGAAGUGCUACAAAAUGUGUUGCCUGUCAGAAUCUAAGAACUCAGAAUCUACCUACUCCUUCAGUUUCAGCAUCAGCCUCUUUUAAGUUUGGUACGUCAGAGAUAAGUAAAACUCCAAAGAGUGGGUUUGAUGGAAUGUUCACUAAGAAGGAAGGACAGUGGGAUUGUAGUACAUGUGCAGUGCGAAAUGAAGCAAAUGCUACUCAAUGUGUUGCUUGUCAGAAUCCUGCACAACCAGUACCUUUAUCUUCUGCUGUUCCAGCUUCUACCUCUUUCAAAUUUGGUACUUCAGAGAUAAGCAAGGCUCCAAAGAGUGGGUUUGAAGGAAUAUUCACCAAGAAGGAAGGACAGUGGGAUUGUAGUUCAUGUUUAGUAAGAAAUGAAGCAAGUGCUACCCAUUGUAUUGCUUGUCAGAAUCCAAGUAAACAAAAUCAGUCUACGCCUUCACUUCCUGCCUCUUCAGAGAUAAGCAAAUCCACAAAGAAUGGAUUUGAAGGAAUGUUCACCAAAAAGGAAGGACAGUGGGAUUGUAGUGUUUGCUUUGUACAAAAUGAGAGUUCUUCCUUAAAGUGUGUGGCUUGUGAUGCCUCCAAACCAACUCAUAAACCUAUUGCAGAAGCUCCUUCAGCCUUCACAAUGGGCUCAAAAACAAAGUUAAGUGAAUCUUCUGGAGGUCAGGUGGGAACUUUUAAAUUUGGCAUUUCAAAACAAGGAAUUAAAUUUGGGCAUGUGGAUCAAGAAAGUACACCUUCAUUUUCACUUCAGGGUUCUUCUAAUACAGAAUUUAAGUCAAUAAAAGAAGGAUUUAGUUUUUCCAUUCCUGCAUCUGCUGAUGGUUUUAAAUUUGGUAUUCAGGAACAGGGAAGUCAAGAGAAGAAGAGUGAAAAGUCUCCUGAAAAUGAUGCUGGUUUUCAGGCUCAGGAUGUUAGUAACCAGAAGAAUGGUAGUGGUGUGAUAUUUGGUCAAACAAGUAGCACUUUUACCUUUGCAGAUCUGGCAAAAUCAACUUCUGGAGAAGGAUUUCAAUUUGGCAAGAAAGACCCUAAUUUCAAAGGAUUUUCAGGUGCAGGAGAGAAAUUAUUCUCGUCACAAAGUGGUAAAGUGUCUGACAAAGCCAACACUUCUGCUGACCUCGAGAAAGAUGAUGAUGCCUAUAAGACUGAGGACAAUGAUGACAUCCAUUUUGAACCUGUAGUACAAAUGCCUGAAAAAGUAGAACUUGUGACAGGAGAAGAAGAUGAAAAAGUUCUGUAUUCACAGCGGGUAAAAUUAUUUAGAUUUGAUGCUGAAAUAAGUCAGUGGAAAGAAAGGGGUUUGGGGAACUUAAAAAUUCUCAAAAAUGAAGUCAAUGGCAAACUAAGGAUGCUAAUGCGAAGAGAACAAGUAUUAAAAGUAUGUGCCAAUCAUUGGAUAACAACUACAAUGAACCUGAAGCCUCUUUCUGGGUCAGAUAGAGCAUGGAUGUGGCUAGCUAGUGAUUUUUCUGAUGGUGAUGCCAAACUGGAGCAGCUGGCAGCAAAAUUUAAGACACCAGAGCUAGCUGAAGAAUUCAAGCAGAAAUUUGAAGAAUGCCAGCGACUUCUAUUGGAUAUUCCACUUCAAACACCCCAUAAACUUGUAGAUACUGGCAGAGCUGCCAAGUUAAUUCAGAGAGCUGAGGAAAUGAAGAGUGGACUGAAAGAUUUCAAAACAUUUUUGACAAAUGAUCAAACAAAAGUCACCGAUGAGGAGAGUCAGAAUUCAGGUGCAGGCACCACCAGUGCUUCUUCAGACACAGCAGUCAAGCCAAAUCCUGAAAACACUGGGCCCACUUUAGAAUGGGAUAACUAUGACUUAAGGGAAGAUGCUUUGGAUGACAGCGUAAGCAGUAGUUCAGUACAUGCUUCUCCAUUGGCAAACAGCCCUGUGAGAAAAAACCUCUUCCGCUUUGGUGAGUCUACAACAGGGUUUAACUUUAGCUUUAAAUCUGCUUUGAGUCCAUCUAAGUCUCCUGCCAAGUUGAAUCAGAGUGGGACUUCAAUUGGCACUGAUGAAGAAUCUGAUGUUACUCAAGAAGAAGAGCGAGAUGGGCAGUACUUUGAACCUGUUGUACCUUUACCUGAUCUAGUUGAAGUAUCCAGUGGUGAGGAAAAUGAACAAAUUGUUUUUAGUCACAGAGCAAAACUCUAUAGAUAUGAUAAAGAUGUUGCUCAAUGGAAAGAAAGAGGUAUUGGUGAUAUAAAGAUCUUACAGAAUUAUGACAAUAAGCAGGUUCGCAUAGUGAUGAGAAGAGAUCAGGUAUUAAAACUUUGCGCCAAUCACAGAAUAACUCCAGACAUGACUUUGCAAAAUAUGAAAGGGACAGAGAGAGUGUGGGUAUGGACUGCAUGUGAUUUUGCAGAUGGAGAACGAAAAGUAGAACAUUUAGCUGUCCGUUUUAAACUACAGGAUGUCGCAGACUCAUUUAAGAAAGUAUUUGAUGAAGCAAAAACAGCCCAAGAGAAAAAUUUUUUGAUAACACCUCAUGUUUCUCGUUCAGGCACUCCUAGAGAGUCCCCAUGUGGCAAAAUUGCUGUAGCUGUUUUAGAAGAAACCACAAGAGAGAGGACAGAUUUAAUUCAGAGUGACGACGUAGCAGAUACAACUUCAGAAGUUGGAGAAGUGUCUAGUACAACUGAAACAACACCAAAAGCAGUAGUUUCUCCUCCAAAGUUUGUAUUUGGCUCAGAGUCUGUUAAAAGCAUUUUUAGUAGUGAAAAGACAAAACCAUUUGCAUUUGGCAACAGUUCAGCCACUGGGUCUUUGUUUGGAUUUAGUUUUAAUGCACCUUUGAAGAAUAGUGAAACUGGUUCAGUAGUCCAGAAUGGAUCUGAAUUUAAAAUGGAGCCUAACAAAUGUGAACAGUCACAGAACUCUGAUAUGCAACAAUAUUCAGAUGGCAGAGUCAAAAAUCUCUUUGUUUCCUUUCCAAAAGAAGAGUCUUCAACUACUUACACGUUUAAACCACCAGAAAAGGCAAAAGAGAAGAAAAAACCUGCAGAUCCUCCCUCAGAUGAUGAUGAUGUUCUUAUUGUCUAUGAACUAACCCCAACUCCUGAGCAAAAAGCUCUUGCAACCAAACUUAAACUUCCUCCAACUUUCUUCUGCUAUAAGAAUAGACCAGAUUAUGUUAGUGAAGAGGAAGAAGAUGAUGAAGAUUUUGAAAUGGCCGUCAAGAAACUUAAUGGAAAGCUCUAUCUGGAUGAUUCAGAAAAAUUUAGACCAUUGGAAGAAAAUCUAACAGAUAAUGAGAAAGAGUGUGUUAUUGUUUGGGAAAAGAAGCCAACAGUUGAAGAGAAGGCAAAAGCAGAUACAUUGAAGCUUCCACCUACAUUUUUUUGUGGUGUAUGCAGUGAUACUGAUGAGGACAAUGGACAUGGGGAAGACUUUGAAUCAGAGCUUCAAAAAGUUCAGGAAGCUCAGAAAUCCCAGAGUGAGGAAAUAACUGACAUAGCUGAUAAUGUGUACACAGGUGGAACUGAAGUGACUGCACCAUUUUUGUGUAAGUCUGAAGAACCUGAUUCCGCCAUCAAACUUACUAGCUUACCACCUGUUUCUUCUGGGACUGCCAAUAAACCUGUAGAUUUAUCUACUGCAAAGGAAACUGAUCUAAAACCUACAAGUGAAGUGGAAAGCAAAACAGUUUCAUUUGGAUUUGGAAAUAGUACAGGGCUGUCAUUUGCGGACUUGGCUUCCAGUAAUUCUGGGGAUUUUGCUUUUGGUUCUAAAGAUAAAAAUUUCCAGUGGGCAAAUACUGGAGCAACUGUGUUCGGAACACAGACAAAAGGGAAAGGUAUUGAAGAUGAGGAUGGUAGUGAUGAAGAAGUUGUUCAUAACGAAGACAUCCAUUUUGAGCCAAUAGUCUCACUACCAGAGGUAGAAGUCAAAUCUGGAGAAGAAGAUGAAGAAAUUUUAUUUAAAGAAAGAGCAAAACUUUAUAGGUGGGAUAGAGAUGUUAUUCAAUGGAAAGAACGUGGUGUAGGAGACAUAAAGAUUCUUUGGCAUACAAUGAAGAAUUAUUACCGGAUCCUGAUGAGAAGAGACCAAGUCUUUAAAGUGUGUGCAAACCAUUUUAUUACCAAAACAAUGGAAUUAAAACCUUUAAAUGUUUCAAAUAAUGCUUUAGUUUGGACUGCUUCAGAUUAUGCUGAUGGAGAAGCAAAAAUAGAACAGCUUGCAGUGAGAUUUAAAACAAAAGAAAUGGCUGAGUGCUUUAAGAAAAAGUUUGAAGAAUGUCAACAGAAUUUAUUGAAACUUCAAGGACAAGUAUCAUUGGCAGCAGAGUUAUCAAAGGAGACCAAUCCUGUGGUAUUUUUUGAUGUUUGUGUGGAUGGUGAACCUCUAGGCCGUAUAACCAUGGAAUUAUUUUCAAACAUUGUUCCUCUAACUGCUGAGAACUUCAGAGCACUGUGCACUGGAGAGAAGGGCUUUGGUUUCAAGAAUUCCAUUUUUCACAGAGUAAUUCCAGAUUUUGUUUGCCAAGGGGGAGAUAUCACCAAACAUGAUGGAACUGGAGGAAAGUCCAUUUAUGGAGAUAAAUUUGAAGAUGAAAACUUUGACGUGAAACACACUGGUCCUGGCUUACUUUCCAUGGCUAAUAGAGGCCGGGAUACCAAUAAUUCUCAAUUUUUUAUAACACUGAAGAAAGCAGAACAUUUGGACUUUAAGCAUGUAGUAUUUGGGUUUGUUAAGGAUGGCAUGGAUGUUGUAAAAAAGAUCGAAUCGUUUGGUUCUCCCAAAGGGUCUGUUAGUGGAAGAAUUAGUAUCACAGAAUGUGGACAGCUAUAAAAAAAUCAUUGCUUUUCAUAGUAAAUUUUAUCUGUAUAAGCAGUUGAAUUGAAGCUUAACUGUUAAAAAAAUAUGGUAAUUAUGUUCAGCUUUUGAAAAUGGACGUUUCCAGUGUAUAAAUGUAAAAUUGCAGCUUAUAGCUGUUGUCACUUUUUAAUGUGUUAUAAUUGACCUUGCAUGGUGUGAAAUAAAAGUUCAAACACUGGUGUAUUUCAGGUGUACUUGUGUUUAUGUACUCCUGACACAGUUGUAUUAAAACGGAUAAUACUAAUCUUGUUAAAAGCAAUAGACCUUCCCAGACUAUUGAAGAAAUAUGAUAUAUGCAAUUUUAAUUCCUUUUUAAGAUACUGGGACUUCCUGCAUGACUACACCUACCAUUUGAAUAAAGGGACCAUAACUUGGAUAAUUUUAUUUUAGAUCUGAAAUAUAUUUGGUAAUCUUAACUAUUGGUGUGCUUGUUUGUGCAUAGAGACUCAUUUAUAAAUGGGUAGAGUCACAGAAGGUAGAGAGUUAACCAAAGUGCUCUUCUGUAAUCUUUAUGCCUCCUGUAUAGGUACAAAUUAACUUUUAAAUAGAAUUUUCUCUUUUCUUAAAACAUGUAGCUUCCUGUGCUCUCUUGAAGGUAUUGAUUUUUACAUUUUAAUUUUUUUGUUUUAUAUUUUACUGUCAUCUGUCUCUACUACCUCAGAAACUUCAGCUUGGUUCUGAUAACAGAACUGAAUUUUUCCCUAGUUAUUGUGAUAAAGUAUGAAUAUUUUUACAAGGUCUAUACCACAUUCUUUGGUUAAAAGAUUUGCAUUAUAUUAGAUUGUUGCAGUACCUUUUUCUGGUGAAUUUUGUAGCAAAAAUAAAGUGAUAAUUGAUAACAACUAUGAUAUUUUAAAAAAUUA